AGGUUCAUGAACCACCGGGCCCCAGCCAAUGGCCGCUACAAACCCACUUGUUAUGAACACGCUGCUAACUGUUACACGCAUGCAUUCCUCAUUGUUCCGGCCUUCGUGGGCAGUGUCUUCCUCCACUGGCUGUCCGAUGACCGCUGGGAGAAGAUAACAGCAUGGAUUUAUGGAGUGGGCCUCUGUGCCCUCUUCAUCGUCUCCACGGUGUUUCACAUUGUGUCAUGGAAAAAGAGCCACCUCAGAACCAUGGAGCACUAUUUUCACAUGUGUGACAGAAUGGUGAUCUAUUUCUUCAUUGCUGCUUCUUACGCGCCGUGGUUAAAUCUCCGUGAACUUGGACCCCUGGCAUCUCAUAUGCGUUGGUUUAUCUGGCUCAUGGCAGCUGGAGGAACCAUUUAUGUAUUUCUCUACCAUGAAAAGUAUAAGGUAGUCGAGCUCUUUUUCUAUCUCACUAUGGGGUUUUCUCCAGCUUUGGUGGUGACAUCAAUGAAUAACACCGAUGGACUUUACGAACUUGCCUAUGGGGGCUUAAUUUAUUGCCUGGGAGUUGUGUUCUUCAAGAGCGAUGGCAUCAUCCCAUUUGCCCAUGCCAUCUGGCAUCUGUUUGUGGCCACGGCAGCUGCGGUGCAUUACUAUGCCAUUUGGAAAUAUCUUUACCGAACUCCUACAGAUUUUAUGCGACAUUUAUGACCCUUCUGUACUAGGUCUCCAAGCCAGUAUUAUUUUAAUUGUGGCACUUGGGAGUGGGGUAAGAGCAGAAAAUUGCAUAGAGGAAAAAAAAAGAAGACAACUGCACUGACUUUCUUUAUAUCUUUUGAAUAUAAUUACUGUGAAAGUAUAAAAGCUGUGUUUGGAAUUGUCCCGCUCAUAGCAGAUUAAUAAGGUAGUGAAUUAAUUAUUCAUUUCCAUUCCACUAUCAUGAUGGACUCUGGAUAGACUUGGCCAACUGAUGUUUACAAACCAGAAUUUUGUAUUUUAAUUUUACAGAUUUUACUACAUGAUUUUUCUAAAUUACUAGGUCAGGUUGUAAAAGUCAGUGCAAUCACAAAGCUUCCUUUUUAGGAGAAAAUUAUUUCUAUCACUUUCCCAUUAGUUGUGUAAAGAAUCAUGGGCAGAACUUACACACUUUUACCAUGUUUCAUCUUAACACAACGUGGUUAUUUUUUAAAUAGAAACUUUAGUUUUUGUAAAUUUUUAAUACCUAUUUCAUUGAAGCGCAUCUCUGAGGUUCCUCAUUCAUGUGAAUUUUUGCAGCAAGCUGUCAACAUUCCACAAACAUUAUACCUCUUCUGAUUGUCUUAUUAAGUAUAGAGAAGUUGCCAAUUUUUAAAAACUACAGUUUUCAAAACUUUUCUGCCAACCUCUGACUCUGAAUUCUGUGCUGCUUUGGGUCGUACACUUGACCUAGUCUGGUUUACCAGUGAUGGAAAAGUAUUUUGAUAUCGUUCACUUUUUCAGAAGAUUCUACUUUUUCUCUAUGCCUUCGCCAAGUUUUCUUCAGAACCUCUUUCAGCAGUGGACGAGCAUUCAUGUCUGUAUUUCGAUAGGAUGUUUGUGUUGGCCACCCACUGCCGACGCCUGAAGAGAGCUGUGCGUUCCAGUGACCCGUGCUGUCGCCUGUUUGCAGCCCGAUGGCUAAGUUCUUGUCACUUAGUGCUUUUUUUUUAUUUGAUAUUCAUUUUCCAUUGUGGAAUUAGAUGCAUAAAUUCACAUUUCUACCUUUCCUCUGCCUCCCCUCCUAGACUUGGCUUUUUAUCAUAGAAAACUAUUUAAAUCAUCGCUUGACAGAUAGAAACUCAUGCAUCUGUAGUCCAUAGAUCACCUACUGGCUCAGUGGCAUGGUAUUUAAUAUAUUAUUUUUGGUUGUCCCUCAGUGUCUUAUAUUAAGAUUAACAUUACUUUCUUUGUUAACUCCUUUCCCCUGGUCUUUUAAUAAAUGAAAUAACCUUGCCUUUAUCUAGCUUGAGUGCCCACAUCAUCUGUUUUCUUAGCAAUGGGCUUGAUCAUCAGAAUUGCUGAUUUGACAACACACGUGGGCUUACUGAAGUUUUAUACUAAUGUAGCUUUAAAGGAGGGUUUAGUGUGUGUGUGUGUGUGUGUAUGUUAAGGAGUCUGAUUUUGGCGAAUUGGCUUGGGAACGAGGGACAGAAGAAUUGGCAUCUGCUGGUGAAUUCUUAAACAGGGGGCUGUGCCCAAGACAGCAUCCACCAGUCACCUGCCCGCAUGCUCCUGACCACCUGGGUAUGUGUUGUGUGCUGUGUGUGUUUCAUUUUUUAAUAUAUUAAAAUUUUGUGGAUUCAUUUGAAGUCUUCUCAAAAGUAACCCUGUCAAAACCUCUAAAAUAUAUGUUUUUAAAAAUGUGUGCUACAGACUAGAAUAAAAUUAUU